GAUGUGGAGAUGAAGUCCGUCAGGAUGGGAAGGGCGUGGGUUCCCUACUCUUACUCACUCGGACCAGCACCCACAGAAGGGGACAGAUUGAAGAGCUGUCGGGCUUGGUGGUCACACAGCGGAUCCUGACGCCUGCCUGUGUCCUCAUGAUUCGUGACAGGAGCCCCCAGAGGCUGACCAGGCCCAGUUAUGGCUCCAUUUCCAGCCUGCCUGGCCCAGCACCUCAGCCAGCACCGCCGCCUUCCCAGGAGACCUACCUGAGUGAGAAGAUCCCCAUCCCCAGCACAGAACAGGGUGCAUUCAGCCUGAGGAAGCUGUGGGCGUUCACAGGGCCUGGUUUCCUCAUGAGCAUCGCUUUCCUUGACCCGGGGAACAUUGAGUCGGACCUUCAAGCUGGCGCUGUGGCUGGGUUCAAACUGCUCUGGGUGCUGCUCUGGGCCACCGUGCUAGGUUUGCUCUGCCAGAGGCUGGCUGCCCGGCUGGGUGUGGUGACAGGCAAGGACUUGGGGGAAAUCUGCCAUCUCUACUACCCUAAGGUGCCCCGCACCCUCCUCUGGCUGACCAUCGAGCUGGCCAUCGUGGGCUCAGACAUGCAGGAAGUCAUCGGGACGGCUAUCUCCUUCAGUCUGCUUUCCGCUGGACGCAUUCCCCUGUGGGGCGGCGUCCUGAUCACCAUUGUGGACACCUUCUUCUUCCUCUUCUUGGAUAACUACGGUUUGCGCAAGCUGGAAGCUUUCUUUGGGUUCCUCAUUACCAUAAUGGCUUUGACCUUCGGUUAUGAGUAUGUGGUGGCGCGUCCGUCCCAGCGAGAACUCCUUAAGGGCCUGUUCCUGCCCUCCUGCCAGGGCUGUGGGCAGCCUGAACUGCUGCAGGCAGUGGGCAUCGUUGGCGCCAUCAUCAUGCCCCACAACAUCUACCUGCACUCAGCCUUGGUCAAGUCUAGGGAAGUAGACAGAAACCGCCGGUCGGACAUUCGAGAAGCCAACAUGUACUUCCUGAUUGAGGCCACCAUUGCCCUAUCCGUGUCCUUCAUCAUCAACCUCUUCGUCAUGGCUGUUUUCGGCCAGGCCUUCUACCAGCAAACCAAUGAGGAAGCGUUCAACAUCUGUGCCAACAGCAGCCUCCAGAGCUAUGCUAAGAUCUUCCCCAGGGACAAUAACACAGUGUCUGUGGAUAUUUAUCAAGGCGGUGUGAUCCUCGGCUGUCUCUUUGGCCCUGCGGCCCUCUACAUCUGGGCAGUAGGUCUCCUGGCAGCGGGGCAGAGUUCCACUAUGACCGGCACCUAUGCAGGGCAGUUCGUGAUGGAGGGUUUCCUUAAGCUGCGGUGGUCCCGCUUCGCCCGCGUCCUCCUCACUCGCUCUUGCGCCAUCCUGCCCACCGUGCUGGUGGCUGUCUUCCGCGACCUGAGGGACCUGUCCGGCCUCAACGAUCUACUCAAUGUUCUUCAGAGUCUAUUGGCUGAGCAAAGGCAUCACUUCCUGCAUCGUAGCACUAGUCAGCGCCAUCAACCUGUACUUUGUGGUCACUUACCUGCGCAGCCUCCCGCACCCUGCCUACUUUGGCCUUGUGGCUCUGCUCGGCGUGGGUUACCUGGGCCUUACUGCUUAUCUGCUCCCAUCGGCACUUCCUAUAUGGGCUCCCUAUCGAGGAGCAGGGGCACGCGCAUGGGCACAGCGAGGCCACCCGUGGCAACCCGCAAGCGUAGAGGCCACAGGAUGGACACAGCAAGGCGAUUGGAGGUCCCCUACCUACCGGCUGUCUGGACUUCCGGUUUCCAGUUUGGACAAGUGCUUUUACCUCUGAGUAAAAUGACACCCAUCUUACCACCACAACCUAAGAGACUUAAAACACAGUACCUAGGGCUAGAGAGAUGGCUCAGGUGCUAAGAACUCUCCUUUCAGAAGACAGGGACUCAAUUCCCAGCAUCAACAUGGUGGCUUUCAAAGGAAAUAACUCCAGUUCCAGGGCAUUUAGUGCCCUCUUCUGGCCGUCUCCACUGGCACUUUCCCGCCCAUGGUGCACAGACAAACACACAGGCAAAAUGCCCAUAUACAUAAAAAUGAUCUCAAACAAAA